AUGGCGGCGGCGGAGGGGGCAAUGCGGAUGGGCAAGUACGAGAUGGGGCGGACGCUGGGGGAGGGGCACUUCGGCAAGGUGAGGCUGGCGCGGCACGCCGACACCGGCCGCGCCUUCGCCAUCAAGAUCCUCGACCGCCAGCGCAUCCUCGCCAUGAAGAUCGACGAGCAGAUAAAGACGGAGAUCGCGACGCUGAAGCUGCUCAAGCACCCCAACGUCGUCCGCCUCUACGAGGUUGCCGCGAGCAAGACCAAGAUAUACAUGGUGCUCGAGUACGUAAACGGAGGAGAGCUAUUUGAGAAAAUCGCACUAAAGGGCAAGCUCUCAGAGAAGGAAGGGAGGAAACUGUUCCAGCAGCUAAUGGAUGCUAUAAGCUAUUGCCACGAGAGGGGGGUUUAUCAUAGGGACCUUAAGCCCGAGAAUGUCCUGGUUGAUGCGAAAGGGAACAUAAAGGUCUCUGAUUUUGGACUAAGUGCCCUUCCACAGCAUCAACGGAAAGAUGGAUUACUGCAUACCACGUGUGGCAGCCCUAACUACAUAGCCCCUGAGGUCCUUCUCAACAAAGGUUAUGAUGGCUCCAUGUCAGAUGUAUGGUCCUGUGGCGUUAUCCUCUAUGUGAUGCUUACAGGGAAUCUUCCGUUCGAUGACGAAAAUAUGGUUGUCCUUUAUCAAAAGAUUCUAAAAGGGGAUUAUCGUAUUCCUAAAUGGCUUUCGCCAGGAGCCCAAGAUAUACUGCGAAAACUCCUGGAUCCAAACCCCAUUACCCGCCUUGGCAUGGACGGACUAAGGGAACACGAUUGGUUCAAUCAAAGUUAUACUCCAGCAGUGCCUUUUGAUGAUGAUGACGAUAAUUACGUUGGUGAUGACAACUCCCACAUGACCAAGAACAAUGGCAUUCAAGACAACCCCGCAAUCAACCAGAUGAAUGCUUUUCAACUCAUCGGAAUGUCCUCGUGCCUUGAUUUAUCUGGGUUUUUUGAGAAAGAGGACGUCUCAGAAAGAAAAACCAGAUUUGCAUCAAACUACCCCCCUACUUAUCUAUUUGAGAAGAUAGAGAGCAAUGUCAUAAAUAUGGGCUUCCAAGUACAGAAGAACAAUGGCAAGCUAAAAGUGAUCCAAGAGCGCAAGGGACCAACAAAUCCAAGAGGGCAUGGAUCAUUAUUAAUUUCUGCUGAGGUGUUUGAGAUCAAUGAAUCUCUUUAUGUUGUUGAGCUCAAAAGGUCAUGUGGAGACUGCUCCCUAUACAGACAGCUGUGUGCAACGCUCUCAGACGACUUGGGAAUAUGCAAAAGCCAGCAACUUCUGAAGAAUGACUCCAUAAGACAAGAGCUUUAUCGAUUUAAUAGUAGCUUUUGA